AUGAAUAAAAUUACUUCAGAGUAUCUUGCGGCAGGUGGCAAUAGACAUCCUUCUGCUGCUGAUUGGGAUGAAUCAGGACUUCUAGCCUAUGGAACUGAUAGAAAUAUCGCAUUAUGGUAUCCUGGAAAUGAAUCUUCCAGAGGAGUUUUUGAACUUCUCAGUGCUCAUACCGAUACGGUUAAUGUCGUGAAAUUUAUCCCUAAAUCACAUGGUCUCAUACUUAGUGGAUCGGUCGAUAAGACGGUGAGGAUUUGGAAACAGGAUGAUGUAUCAAAGAGUUAUACUUGUAUUCAAACUAUUACCGAUCAUCAGAGCACGAUCAAUUGUAUAGCUGUCACAGAAGGCUCGAAAAUCUUUGCUACAGGUUCGGCGGAUGCCGUUGUCAAGAUUUGGAAACUCGGUGAUGAUAAUGUUGCAAGUUUGCAGCAAUCUAUCACGAUUACUCCGCGAUUAUUUCCAUUGGCAUUGGCUUUGAGCCCUUUGACUGGGGCAUCGGAUUCUUUACUUCUUGCAGUAGCAGGCACAAAAGAUAUCAUUCAGCUUCACGUGCUCGAUGCUCAAGCGGGAUCAGAAUUUAAAUAUAAGGCUACAUUAUCUGGACACGAAGGAUGGAUCAGAUCAUUAGAAUUCACACCAGAGAGCGAUAGUCCAACGAGUGAUUUACUCCUCUCAUCAGCCAGUCAGGAUAAAUAUAUCCGAUUGUGGAGAAUUCAUCAAGGCAAAGAAUUACCCGCCGCAGCAACCGCAGCCGAUCCAACAUUCGGAGCAUUCAUGCCAGGAAAAUCUCUAUCCAACAAAGCGCAUCGAUUUCAAGCCCAAGAAUUAGAUUUCUCCGCCACAUUCGAAGCGCUUCUCCUCGGACAUGAAGAUUGGAUCUACAGCACACGAUGGCUGAAGCCCACUCUAUCUUCCAACCAAAAACCACAACUUCUCUCCUCCUCAGCCGAUAAUUCUCUCGCCAUCUGGGAGCCCGAUACUCACACAGGUGUCUGGGUAACCGUCGCACGCCUCGGAGAAAUCAGUGCGGAAAAAGGAUCUACCACCGCCACCGGUAGCACGGGAGGUUUCUGGACCGGUCUCUGGUCACCCAAUGGCUCAACCGUCGUGUGUCUCGGACGAACUGGUAGUUGGCGUCUCUGGAACCAUGAUGCAUCUUCUGAUCGUUGGGCCCAGAGUCCGGCUAUUACCGGUCAUGUGAAAGCGGUGAUGGGAAUCGCGUGGUCGAAGGAUGGAAGUUAUUUGCUAUCGACCAGUACGGAUCAAACGACUAGGUUGCACGCGCAGUGGAAGAGAGAUGGAAAAGUUAGUUGGCAUGAGAUGGCUAGACCACAAAUUCAUGGUUAUGAUUUGAAUUGUAUUGAUUCGCUUGGAGAGACACAAUUCGUAUCCGGCGCCGACGAGAAAUUACUUCGAGUAUUCAAUGAGCCCAGAGCAGUCGCCACACUACUCAACAAACUCUGUGGAAUCGGCAGCGAGAAUAUCAACAACAUGCCCGACGCAGCAAAUAUGCCCGUACUAGGACUAUCCAACAAAGCCAUCGAAGCCAUCAGCGACGAGCAAACCAUCGAAAAUCCCAACGACCACAAUCGCGAAGCCAUAGACCCCGCCUCCAUCGUCCACAAAUCCACACUAGACCUCUCACACCCACCGCUCGAAGAUCAUCUCUCCCGCCACACACUGUGGCCCGAAACCGAAAAACUCUACGGACACGGCUAUGAGAUUUCCGCACUAGCCACCUCCCACGAUGGCAGCAUCAUCGCCACAGCCUGCAAAGCCAGCUCCAUCGAGCACGCCGUAAUCCGACUCUUCGAAACCCAAGAAUGGCACGAGAUAAAACCACCUCUUACAGCUCACUCCCUCACAGCCGCUCGAUUACGUUUCUCACACGAUGACAAGUAUUUACUUUCUGUGGGACGCGAUCGUCAAUGGGUUGUAUUUCAACGAGAUGAGCGAGAUCCGCUUGUGUAUAAAUUGGUUGAGAGGAAUCUGAAGGGUCAUUCGAGGAUGAUUCUUGAUGCUGCUUGGGCUCCUACUUUCUCUUCAUCUUCAUCUGUAUCGUCAUCUACAUCUACAUCAACAUCUACAAAUUCCCCCAUCUUCGCAACAGCAGGAAGAGACAAACAAGUUAAAAUCUGGAGUCGCGACAGCAAAACCCAAGCCCAAACUGACACCAAUAUCGAAACAGAAACAGAGAAUAAUGCCGGAGGAUUCACAUGCAAAGCCACAAUACCAAGCGACGCCCCCAUAACCGCGCUUGAUUUCCUCGACAAGAUCAUAGGAAACGCUAUAUAUUUAGCUAUAGGUACUGAACUGGGAAGAUUUAAUAUCUAUCGUGUUACUGUAGAUGGUGAUGCUAUUACUGUUACUGAGGUUUUAUUGGAUAUGGGAUCUAGCAAAAACUAUUACCCCUCCAAAGCCAUCACGCAAUUAGCAUGGAAACCCCAGAGAUCUAGCAAUAAUACUCCAGAGCACGACGAGAACAUAGAUAUGGAAUUGGCAAUUGCGAGUGAAGAUAGUUCUUUGAGGAUUUAUUCUUUAUGUUGA